AUGGAGGUCCAUGAGUACAACCCAGAGCGUCGGUUUGUCAUCUUGACGGGUCCACCCAGUUCGUCUGAUGGAGGUGAACAAGAGAAAAAUUCACCAGAGAAAAAGGCAGAUUCCAAGCCGCCACGAGAGGAGAGACGAGCGAAUGACAUCCCAUAUGAGACCAGCACCUCCCGGAGACACGAGCCCAUCUCGAAACCCGAAUCCACAUUGAGGCCCGGUUCGAGCGGCGGCAGGGAUAGCAGCAAGCCCCGCCUGGAGAAGCGCAAAAGCAGACAAGACCUCCCCAAACUAGAAACCGAAGUUGGAGAUGAUCACCUACCAGAGAAGUAUCGCAGUUAUCCUGCUGCACAAAAUAGCCGGCCUGACUAUCCUCCCGCUCGACCACCUCGACCACAGCCAGACCCGUCGCUAGCUCCCGAAGUCAUUAAACAUGGAGCAAGCGGGCGAGAACAGGCCUACCAUAGCUACGCUCAACCACAGAGCGCCAGUCGCCGGUCGCCUACUCAGCGAUCGUAUCCAAACCAGCCAGGAGAUCGACGGUUUGAAGAAAGUCAUACUCGCGCUUCUUCGGCCUCAUCCGCGACUAAGCGGGUAAGCCCAAAUCAGGACUCUGGAAAGCCAGCUCGUCCGCUAUCCAAUGAUAGGAUAGGCGACGCUCGCUAUCGCCCCGAAUAUGCACCGUCACCGGGCAACAGAAAGGAACGAUCUCCUGAAUAUGGAAGACCGGAACGCGAUGAGGCCGCACGGUCGUCAAAGUAUCCGCCUCGAGAAACCGAGAACCGCCGGGAAGCAGAGAAUCAAACUGAGAACCGUCGAGAAGCAGAGAAUCGACGUGAAACUGAGAAUCGACGGGAAACGAAGAGCCAGUCCGGUGACGACCAUCCCAAGGGUCCACGAGAGCUUCAGCAACGUCGGAGGAAAUCAGUUGUUGUUCAAGAGGGCCGCGAGUCUUUGCCGACUCUGGAGAAGGUUGAGGCACCCGGCGGUCCACGCCUGAGACCGAGAGGACCAACGAUGCCCUUGCCGAUCCCGGUGCUUUCUGCUGGGUCUCCAGAUGAUGUGCCUACGAAUACACGAGGUGCUUCAACCUUCCCGGUCUCGAAAGAAGAACAGAAGCCUUCGCUCCCAGAACGCCCAAAGACUCAACUCCCGUAUCCUGUCGACGAUGACGCUCCAUUAGACCCUUUUGGUAUUCGGAGACAUGAGUGGACAGGUCGACCGCAAUACGAUGGAGAGCCGUCCAUUUCUAUGCCAGAACUACCACUGCCAAUCCCGAUUGGUCCCGAAACGCCCAUUGAGGCCAUGUCGGCCUCUAUCACCCCAAGCGCUCGUGUCCCAGCAACAUCUCAAUCGUGGCAACCUCCAGCAUUCGAUCCUGGAAGGGAUGGUUUCCACCUUGAGAGGCCAGUUGGCUCUGUCCGACGGCACUCGGAGAACAUUGAUGCGCCUGGGGUUCCCCAAUUUCCCGAAUGCCGUCGUAAACAUCCCGUAGCGGGAAAGAUAGACUGGAUCACCUUGCCGAGGACAGAUUUCAACAUCUGCCCUGAUUGCUACGGGACUGUAUUCUCAAACACAGAAUUCCGAACCUUCUUCCAGCCAAUGCUUCGCCCCUCGGACCGACCUAUAUCUUGCGAUUUUGGGGUAUCACCGUGGUAUCGCAUUGCUUGGUUGCUGACUCUGAAGAAUAAUAAGCCGGACUUGCGACUCUUCCAUGAAGUCGCCAAUGUCGUUUCAACCACUCACAAUGUGCCUUGCCCAGGCGAUAGGACGACCUCACGAAAUUGGUCAACGAUAUGGAACCCAUCCACGCGACGACCGGUCUAUGACUUUACGAUUUGCACUCAGUGUGCCCGAAUCAUCCAGGCUUUGCUGCCUAACCUUUCCAGCAUAUUUAUCCCCUUGGACCACCGUGGGGAGCCUUCUCGGGGAACUUGUUCCAUGCGAUUCAAGGCCAAGCGAAAGCGAUUUGUCAUGUACUUUGACGCCAUGGAAACCACCUCAGACAUAGCACGCCAAGAGCAGGAGGAACCAGACAUCAUAGGUCUAGCCAACGAGCUAGAACAAAUGACAUCAAUCAGCGAGUGUCAUGAGGACACGCCGAUUGCCAACGGGCAUUGGCACAUUAUGCAAUUCCUACCACAACUUGCCGUCUGUGGCGAUUGCUUCGAAGAGGUGGUUCGCCCACGGCUCAAGGAUAACAAUGUCAUUGCUCGCAAUUUCUGCUCAAGCGCGCAGAGGCUUCCAGUGGCAACAUGCCAACUUUACUCUCCCCGCAUGCGGGACAUUUUCCAAAAAGCGUGUCGGUGGAAUGACCCCAAGUACCUGGAGGCAAAGGUUCUAGAACGGAUGGAACUUGAGGCCAUGAUACACGACAAGUUGGCCAAGUUAGACAAGUCAAGACACGAUGAUGACUGGGUGGAGGAGCAGGUGAAAUUUAUCGCGGGUCCCAAUCCAACCUCCCACUCCAUCACUAAUUUCGACGCCGCACGACGCUCGAGUCCCACCUUCAAAAUGGCUUCGCGACCUACCGUCUCUAUCAUCGGCAAAGAUGGUACUCCCACGGGAGCUACCCACCCCAUCCCCGCGGUCUUCACCAGCCCGAUCCGACCGGACAUCGUCCAGCAGGUUCACACCGGCAUGGCCAAGAACAAGCGUCAGCCCUACGCUGUGAGCGAGAAGGCUGGUCACCAGACCUCUGCCGAGUCCUGGGGAACUGGUCGUGCUGUCGCUCGUAUCCCCCGUGUCUCCGGUGGUGGUACUCACCGUGCUGGUCAGGCCGCCUUCGGUAACAUGUGCCGAUCCGGUCGCAUGUUCGCCCCUACCAAGAUCUGGCGCAAGUGGCACGUCAAGGUCAACCAGGGCCAGAAGCGAUACGCUGUCUGCUCCGCCCUGGCUGCCUCCGCUGCCGCUCCCCUCCUCCUCGCCCGUGGCCACCAGAUCGCCGCUGUCCCUGAGGUUCCCCUCGUUGUCGACUCCGCCGUCUUCGAGGCUGCUUCCAUCGCCAAGACUGCCGCCGCUCUCGGUCUCCUGAAGGCUGUUGGUGCCGGUGCUGAUGUCGAGAAGGCCAAGGGCACCAAGAAGCUCCGCGCCGGUAAGGGCAAGCUCCGUGGCCGCCGCCACCGCCAGCGCCGUGGCCCUCUCGUCAUCUACGAUGCCGAGACCGACGGCAAGGAGCUUGUCACCGCUUUCCGCAACAUCGCCGGCGUCGAGACCUCCCCCGUCACCUCCCUCAACCUCCUCCAGCUCGCCCCUGGUGGUCACCUCGGCCGAUUCAUCGUCUGGACCUCUGCUGCUUUCAAGGCCCUUGACGAGAUCUACGGCACCACCACCGAGCCCUCUGCCCACAAGCGCGACUUCCUCCUCCCGUCCAACGUUGUCUCGCAGGCCGAUCUGACCCGACUCAUCAACAGCUCUGAGAUCCAGGGCUCCCUUAACGCCCCCAAGGGUGAUGCCGUGACCCGACGUGCCGCUGUUCAGAAGAAGAACCCUCUGAAGAACAAGCAGGUCAUGCUGCGCCUGAACCCCUAUGCUUCUGUCUUCGUCCAGGAGUCACAGAAGAAGCAGGAUUAA